AUGGCCCCUCGCGACCUGCCGCCCCUAACCGCAGCCCCGUCGCCUCUAGUCUCGGCCCCUCGUGACCUGUCGCCCCUAGCCGCGGCCCCGGUGCCCCGUCGCAUCAUGGAGGGUAAGGGGGUGGCAAGAGGGGAUUGUGGAGCAGCAGUGGGGGGGAGGGGAUCUGCAGCACUAGCCCCCCCCGCCCCCCCCUUCUCCUACCUCCCCCUGCUGCGGGUGCAGCAGUGGGGGGGAGGGGAUCUGCAGCACCAACCCCCCCCCGUCCCCCCCCUUCUCCUUCAUCCCUGGGGGGUGACGGAUAGUGGAGCAGCAGUGGGGGGGAGGGGAUUUGCAGCAUCAGCCCCCCCCCGCCCCCCCCUUCUCCUCUCUCUCUCCCUGCCGCACCUUGUGUUGGGAGGGGGGGGGAGCUUGGAGGUUCAGGGGGAGGCAGGAGGGGAUCUGCGGCACCAGCCCCCCCCAGCCCCCCCCACUUCUCCUCCAUCCCCCUGCUGCGGGUGCAGCGGUGGGGGGGAGGGGAUCUGGAGCCCUGUGUGCCCUGCUGCCCUAUUCGCCCUGCAUGCCCUGCUGCCCUGCAGCCCUGUGCGCCCUGCUGUCCUGUGCGCCCCGCGUGCCCUGCAGCCCUGCGCGCCCUGCUGCCCCGCUGCCCUGCAGCCCUGCGCGCCCUGCAGCCCUGCGCGCCCCGCGCGCUCUGCUGUCCUACUGCGGGUCUGA